AUGGGGGGUCUAAGGCCCUGGGCCCGAUAUGGGCUCCUGGUUGUGGCCUACCUGCUGGCCCUGGGGCUUGGGGCUAUGGUGCUCCAGGCCCUGGAGGGGCCUCCAGCACUCCAACUCCGGGCUGAGCUCAGGGCUGAGCUGGCUACCUUUCAGGCAGAGUAUGGGGCCUGCCUGCCACCCGGAGCACUGGAGGAACUGCUGAGCGCUGCUCUGGCAGCCCAGGCCCAUGGGGUCUCUAGCCUGGGCAAUGGCUCAGAAGUCAGGAACUGGGAUCUGCCCUCCACCCUACUCUUCACUGCCAGCAUCCUCACCACCACGGGUUAUGGCCACAUGGCGCCACUAUCAGCAGGUGGAAAGGCCUUCUGUGUGGCCUAUGCGGCCGUGGGGCUGCCAGCCUCCCUAACACUUGUGGCUGCCCUGCGCCACUGGCUGCUGCCUGUGCUCAGCCGCCCGGGUGCCUGGGCAGCAGUCUACUGGCAGCUGGCACCAGCCAGGGCUGCACUGCUGCAGGCAGCUGCACUGGGCCUGCUGGUGGCUGGCAUCUUUGUGCUGCUGCCAGCACUGGUGCUAUGGGGUCUACAGGAUGACUGCAGCCUGCUAGAGGCAAUCUACUUCUGCUUCGGCUGGCUCAGCACCAUCGGACUGGGGGACUUGCUGCCUGGUCGUGGCCGUGGCCUGCAUCCAGCGAUUUACCACCUUGGCCAGCUCGCACUUCUCAGUUAUUUGCUCCUAGGGCUCCUGGCCAUGCUGCUGGCUGUGGAGACCUUCUCAGAGCUGCCACAGGUCCGUGCCAUGGUGAAGUACUUCGGGUCCAGUGGCCCUUCGACCACUGAGGACCAAGAUGGCAUCCUAGGCCAGGCUGAACUGACUCUGAGCACCCUGCCGCCCGCCGCCCCAGCCUCAGAACAGGCCCCGGCUUGCUGACAGGCGUCAGGUGAUGGAGUUCAGCUCCUUGAAGGUGGAGGAGCCUGAGGAGGAAGCAGCCAGCCGUGGG